CACCUGUGCCGUCUCGUCCCCGAGAUUCUCUAUUUCACAACGUAAAGCUUCAAUUCAAUUCCUCUCUCUCGAAGAUGCCUAGGAAGCAAAAGACAUCAUCCUCUUGCUUAGAUGAAUCUGUCAACAAAUUCCAAAAUUUGAGUCUAGAUGAGAAGAAGAAGGGGAAGAAGAAGGAGAAGGAGAAGAACCUUCACCUAGUUCUUGAUUUGGACCACACGCUUAUCCACUCGACUCUUGUAUCACAGCUUUCUAAAAAGGAGAAGUAUCUACUCGAACCAGCUGCUGAGUCAAGGCUAGAUCUAUGGAGAUUUAACAAAGGCCAUUCUAACGAAUACAUCACUAAACUUCGACCUUUUCUUCAUGAGUUUUUAUUAGAAGCCAACAAGCAUUACACAAUGCAUGUUUACACUAUGGGGUUAUCUACUUACGCGAAGACCGUGUUGAAGUUGAUUGAUCCGGAUAAUGUAUACUUUGGAGAUCGAGUCAUUACCAGUAAAGAAAGUCCUAAUAACAAGACACUUGAUCUUGUUGUGGCUGAUAAGCAAAGAGUUGUAAUUUUGGAUGAUACUGUUGAUGUUUGGCCUCAUGACAAGAGCAGCUUGUUGCAGAUCACUAAGUAUGAAUAUUUUAGAGACGGUGAUGAUAAUACAAAGUCUAAGUCUUACGCAGAAAAGAGGAUAGACGAGAGUCCAGACACCGGGCCAUUAGCGAAUGUUUUGAAGUUUCUCCAAGAUAUUCACAGAAGAUUCGAAGAGGGGUUGGAUUCAGAUGACUUGAGGCCAUUGUUACUUGAUUCUUCCAGACAAUGCUGCUUCUGACUGAGAACCUAUGUAUUCAGUCCACAACAUUACAUUCUUCAAGGUUUGUCUAGGAAUAAUUUGGCUGUCAGGUAUAUUAUUACAAAGAGGAGAAUAGAUUAAGUAAAGUGUUCAAGGUAGUUUGUUUCUCUCUAGGGAAGGAACUGUGUCUCUAAAUGGAUCUACUCUGAAGCUUUGUGUGACUUAACUCAAAUUUCUUGUAUUGUUGGCACCAAACAUAACUUAAAAACUCCAUGUACGCAAUAAUACAUCACUAAACUCAUAUUUCUUGUAUUC